AUGGAAAUUGCUUGUCGAAUUCCAAGCAAGACAGAUAGUUCAAAUAAUGUAUUCGAACCUAGGUGUGCUACUAAGAUCUUUGAACCAUUCCUUCAACAUUUUAAUACAUUUAAGGAUGAAAUUUUGAAUCAUAUUAAAGAAAUUAAUGAUCCCAUAUUAAAAUAUAUUUCUGUUUACUUUGUACAAUAUUAUAUAGAUGGAUAUGAUUAUUAUAAAUAUAGUGAGAAAACUAUGAGAGAUGCAGCCUGCCAAUAUCUCAAGCUAUGGUUACAAGAAAAAAAGAUUUAUUCACGUAUGGUGGGAGGUGUUUCAGAAAACUAA